AUGUCUGAAGUUGUUCCAACCGUACUCAUUCUAGGUCAUUCUUUCGUAAAAAGGCUUAAACGCGACUUACAUCAGGGUUUUGAUUCCCGAGCGCCUUGCGAUUUCAAUCUUUUUGGGACUGCCUCGGUUCGUUUGCAUGGCGUUGGCGGACGAACUGUGCAGACGCUACAAGCGAAUGACCUUCACGUGGUCAGGGAUCUCGCUUUAGAUAUUGUUAUCUUAGAAAUAGGUACAAACGAUCUUUCGAAACUUUUACCAGAGAAGGUUGGCUCUGCUAUCGAAGAUCUGGUGCGUCUGUUUCAGAGCGAUUUUUUAG